AAGAGUGAGAUGGAGGAGGACAUUCCAGGUGGAGAUGUCACCACGGAGAAGUCCAGUAACGGUUCUAAGGGAAACUUCAUGUUGUCACUAAAUUAUAAAGUAGAAGAUGAAGAUAUCAUGCAGCAAUCUUCAGGAGAAAACUUCAUUACUCUAAAUGUACAUCCAGGACUUCAUUAUACAGAUCAAUCAUAUAAAUCUCCUAAUGAGGUAUAUUCUCCUGACCAAUCACAGAUUGUUACCACAAAUACAGGUCAGAAAGUGGGUAAAAGGCUUCAUUGUGGUAAAGAAUUAAAAAAAAGCUCAGUUCUUUCUACACACAGAAGAAUUCACACAGGAGAGAAACCUUACCCCUGUUCACACUGUGGGAAAUGCUUCACAGAGAAAUCAAGUCUUGUUAUACAUGAGAGAAUUCACACGGGAGAAAAACCAUAUUCAUGUUCAGAAUGUGGGAAAAGUUUCAGACAGAAGUCAGAUCUUGUUAAACAUGAGAGACGUCACAAAGGAGAGAAGCCUUUUUCAUGUUCAGAAUGUGGAAAAAGUUUUGUACAAAAAUCAGAUCUUGUUAACCAUGGGAGAAUUCACACAGGAGAGAAACCAUAUUCAUGUUCAGAAUGUGGGAAAUGUUUUACACAGAAAUCGUAUUUGAUUACACAUCAGAGAUUUCACACAGGAGAGAAACCGUUUUCAUGUUCAGAAUGUGGGAAGUGUUUUACACGUAAAUCAGAUCUUGUUAAACAUGAGAGACAUCACAAAGGAGAGAAGCCAUAUUCAUGUUCAGAAUGUGGGAAGUGUUUUACACAAAAAUCACAUCUUGUUUCCCAUGAGAGAUGUCAUACAGGAGAGAAGCCAUAUUCAUGUUCAGAAUGUGGGAAAUGUUUUACAGAUAAAUCAGUUCUUGUUACACAUGAGAGAAUUCACACAGGGGAAAAGCCGUAUUCAUGUUCAAAAUGUGGGAAGUGCUUUAGAUAUAAAUCACAUCUUGUUAUACAUAACAGAACUCACACAGGAGAGAAACCAUAUUCAUGUCCAGAAUGUGGGAAAUGUUUUAUAGAUAAAUCAAGUCUUGUUAAACAUGAGCGAGUUCAUACAGGAGAGAAGCCAUAUUCAUGUUCACAUUGUGGGAAGCACUUUUCAGAUAAAUCAAAUCUUAGAUCAAAUGUUUCUACACACAGAAGAAUUCACACGGUGGAGAAGCGAUAUUCAUGUUCACAAUGUAAGAAAUAUUUUACGGAUAAAUCAAGUCUUGUUACACAUGAGAGAAUUCACACAGGAGAGAAUCCAUAUUCAUGUUCAGAAUGUGGGAAAUGUUUUAAAAAUAAAUCACAUCUUCUUAGACAUGAGAGAAUUCACACAGGAGAGAAGCGAUAUUCAUGUUCAGAAUGUGGGAAAUGUUUUAAAAAUAAAUCACAUCUUCUUAGACAUGAGAGAAGUCACACAGGAGAGAAGCCAUAUUCAUGUUCAGAAUGUGGGAAAUGUUAUAAAGAUAAAUCACUUCUUGUUUUACAUCAGAGGCUUCACACAGGAGAAAAGCUGUAUUCAUGUUCAGAAUGUGGAAAAUGUUUUACAAAUAAAUCAAAUCUAGUUACACAUGAGAGAAUUCACACAGGAGAGAAGCCAUAUUCAUGUUCAGAAUGUGGGAAAUGUUUUGUAGAUAAAUCAUAUCUUGUUACACAUGAGAGACUUCACACAGGAGAGAAGCCGUAUUCAUGUUCAGAAUGUGGGAAAUGCUUUGCAACUAAAUCAAAUCUUGUUGCACAUGAGAGAAUUCACACAGGAGAGAAACUACAUUCCUGUUUAGAAUGUGAGAAAUGUUUUGUAGAUAAAGCAAGUCUUGUUAAACAUGAGAGAAUUCACACAGGAGAGAAGCCGUACUCAUGUUCAGAGUGUGGGAAAUGUUUUAAACAAAAAUCAGAACUUGUUUCCCAUCAGAGAAUUCACACAGGGGAGAAGCCAUAUUCAUGUUUAGAAUGUGGGAAAUGCUUUGGUCAUAAACCAAGUCUUGUUAAACAUGAGAGAAUUCACACAGGAGAGAAGCCAUAUUCAUGUGCAGAAUGUGAGAAAUGUUUUGCAACUAAAUCAAAUCUUGUUUCACAUGAGAGAAUUCACAUAGGAGAGACGCCAUAUGCAUGCUUAGAAUGUGGGAAAUGUUUUACUACUAAAGCCGAACUUAAGAAGCAUCAGGCAAGUCACAAAGGAGAAUAG